GUGCCUUUACUCUCUCGCUCGCUCUCCCGUCUGCUUUGUAGGCCGCUACAUUUAUAGUUGCGUUAUUCCCUCGGUCUCGGUCUCGGUCUCGGUCUCGGUCUCCGUCUUGUUUCUGGGUCUUUGUAGUUUCCAGUGCAGAGCAAAACCCAGAUUUUAGUUUUCAGAUUGAAGUUUUGGAACAAUGGUGGUCCAGUUUCAGUUUUCUCCCAGAGGAGGAGCUCUCGGUGCUCUUCUGCUCCUUCUCCUCCCAGUUUUCUUGCCCACUUUGUUCAGUCCGUUGGGCCAUGCUUCUCCUUCCAUGUACUCGGGGCUUGAUGUGAUGACGAAGUCGACUUUUCAGGAGUGGAAUGUUCCAAAAUCUAAGCACCUACGCCUUCUCAAGAGUGCUUUACAACGCCAAACUUCAGAAGGGGAACUCUCGGAUCUAUGGACACCAUUGGCUAACGAAUCAUGGAAACCUUGUGCAGAAUCAUCAAUUGCCCCUUCAUUACCGGAAAACUCUGAGGGAUUUAUCCAAGUUUUUCUUGAUGGAGGACUGAACCAGCAGAGGAUGGGGAUAUGUGAUGCAGUAGCAGUUGCUAAAAUACUGAAUGCAACCCUUGUGAUCCCGUACCUUGAAGUGAAUCCUGUAUGGCGAGAUUCAAGCUCCUUCAUGGAUAUAUUUGAUGUUGAUCAUUUCAUUAAUGUAUUGAAGGAUGAUAUUAGAAUAGUUAAAGAGCUCCCUUCUGAUUUCUCGUGGAGCACAAGGGAGUACUAUGCAACGGCCAUCCGAGCUACGAGAGUUAAGACAGCACCUGUCCAUGCUUCAGCAAACUGGUAUCUAGAGAAUGUAUUGCCCCUAGUUCAGAGUUAUGGAAUAGCAGCUAUUGCCCCAUUCUCGCACCGCCUGACAUUUGACAACUUGCCUAUGGACAUCCAACGACUACGCUGUAAGGUCAACUUUCAAGCAUUAGAGUUUGUCCCUCAUAUUAGAGCUCUUGGAGAUGCUCUGGUCAGCCGUCUUAGAUAUCCUUCUAGCAAAAGUGGGGGAGCUAGUUCCAAUUACUUGCAGGAGAUGCCUAAUGUGAAUGACAAGCAAGGGGCAGGGAAAUUUGUUGUGCUGCAUCUACGGUUUGAUAAGGAUAUGGCAGCCCAUUCAGCCUGUGAUUUUGGAGGUGGAAAAGCCGAAAAAUUGGCUCUGGCCAAAUACCGACAAGUGAUCUGGCAGGGAAGAGUCCUUAACUCCCAGUUCACGGACGAGGAGCUGAGGAGUCAGGGGCGUUGUCCAUUAACUCCAGAAGAGAUUGGAUUGCUUCUUGCGGCUUUAGGAUUUGACAACAAUACCCGCCUCUAUCUUGCUUCCCACAAGGUAUACGGUGGGGAAGCUAGGAUUGCUACUUUGCGAAAAGUGUUUCCACUUAUGGAAGAUAAAAAGAGCCUUGCUUCUUCAGAAGAACGGGCCCAAAUCAAAGGAAAGGCUUCUCUGUUAGCAGCAGUUGAUUACUACGUUAGCAUGCACAGUGACAUCUUCAUAUCUGCUUCCCCAGGAAACAUGCACAAUGCACUGGUAGGGCACCGAACUUACGAGAACUUGAAGACCAUCAGGCCGAGUAUGCCACUAUUGGGGCAACUCUUCCUAAACAAAACCCUUAGCUGGUCGGAAUUCCAGCAGUCGGUGGUAAAAGGGCACGAAAACAGGCAAGGACAAAUCAGGAUUAGAAAGCCUAAGCAGUCCAUAUACACGUAUCCUGCUCCGGACUGCAUGUGCCAGGCAUGAGUUUAAUGUCACAGCGAAGGCGGGUAUGGCGAGUUUGACAUCUCGUUAUUUAGUACCACUAGAUUUUGAGACUUGUAUUAUUUGGUAAAUAAAAAAACAAUGCCCAUUUCCGUUACUCGUAAAACUACAGAGCUAAUAUCUUUCGAUAAGUUGCAAUAGGUGUGAUAGGUGCUUGUGGCCCUGUGGGGAUGUAUUGGGAGGAAAAAAUAAUGUAAAAGUGGGGUUGUAAACUUGUAAUAUUUGUUGAUGUGUUUGUUUCAUUCUCUACAACCUUGAAAGACAAAAGGAAUUUGGAGGCUGGUUUUCGUA